UUUGGGGAUUGAGAUGAGGGGAAGAGAGCAGAAGUGAUUUGGGGGUGACAGGCCUUAGGACUGUGGGGACCGCUCUAAAGAACACUGUGAUCCAAGACAAAGUGGCGAUGAUCUAAAACACACUCUCCUCUUACUGACAUGUUUACAUACCUAUGGGCACCUCCACCGUCAAGAUCUAGAACAUUCCCUCGCCCUUCUUCAUUCCUGGCUCAGCUUUGCCUCCCCCCUCCCCCCCCAGGUCCCUGGACAGCUCCUGACCUGUUCUGAUUGGUCUGGACUUUCCUGUCUGAGCCGGACAUGUGAGAUGCUUCUGGUGGGUGUGACGAUGGGGCAUUGAUUGUGUGGAGAAAGCCCUUCUGUGUAUCCACCCACCUGCGGACAGACUCCGGGCUCUUGUCCAGUUUGGAGCCUCUCGGAGUGGAGCCGCGGUGAGCUUCACUGAGUCCUGUUCAUCCAUCCUCCAGGCGUCAGGAAGACACUGCCAAGCUCUCUGGGGAUGCUGGGGAUGGUGGCACACGCCUGUAAUCCCAGGGCUUGAGAGGCUGAAGCAGGAGGAUGGCAAGUUCCAGGCCAGCGACAGAGCCACACCUGCUCUCCAACAGAAGGGGACAAAAGCUCUUCUACCGCUACCAGGACCUGGCCCCACAGCUCGUGCCCCUGGACUACACCAGCGGCCCCCGCGUGAAGGUGCCGUACGAGCUCAUUGGGAGCAUGCCAGAGCUGAAGGACAACCCCUUCCGCCAGAGGAUCGCGCAGGUCUUCUCCGAGGAGGGCGACGGCCACAUGACCCUGGACGACUUCCUGGACAUGUUCUCGGUGAUGAGCGAGAUGGCGCCCCGGGACCUGAAGGCCUACUACGCUUUCAGAAUCUACGACUUCAACGACGACGACUACAUCUGCGCGGGGGACCUGGAGCAGACGGUGCGGAGGCUGACGCGGGGCGAGCUGAGCCCUGAGGAGGUGCGGCUGGUGUGCGAGAAGGUUCUGGACGAGGCUGACGGGGACCACGACGGGCGGCUGUCGCUGGAGGACUUCCAGAACAUGAUUCUGCGGGCGCCCGACUUCCUCAGCACCUUCCACAUCCGCAUCUGACGCCCACGAGGAGAGGCCCGGGAGGCCGGGCCGGGGG